AGACGCCACAGACAGCAGACAGAGGAAGAGCUUCAGUAGGCGCAGUUAAGUCGAUGUUAGCUUAGCAGCACAACGAUUAGUUCUUGUGUGAGUGCCAGACAGUCUAAUCAAUUAUCAUCGACAAAACGAGAGCCAGGCGCCAUUAACGAGGCUCUCUCACCUCUGCUUCGCCAAGAUGAGCUUUCUAUUUGGCAGUCGCUCAUCCAAGACCUUUAAGCCUAAGAAGAACAUCCCUGAGGGGUCCCAUCAGUAUGAGCUGCUGAAACAUGCUGAGGCGACACUGGGCAGCGGGAACCUGAGGCAGGCUGUCAUGCUGCCAGAGGGAGAGGAUCUCAAUGAGUGGAUCGCAGUCAACACGGUGGAUUUCUUCAACCAGAUCAACAUGCUAUAUGGCACCAUCACAGAGUUCUGCACAGAGACCAGCUGCUCAGUGAUGUCUGCUGGACCAAGAUAUGAGUACCACUGGGCUGAUGGUACUAACAUUAAAAAGCCUAUCAAGUGCUCUGCCCCCAAGUACAUCGAUUACUUGAUGACCUGGGUCCAAGACCAGCUGGAUGAUGAGACACUUUUUCCAUCAAAGAUUGGAGUUCCUUUUCCCAAGAACUUCAUGUCUGUGGCCAAAACCAUCCUGAAGCGCCUUUUCAGGGUUUACGCCCACAUCUACCAUCAGCAUUUUGACUCUGUGAUGCAGCUACAGGAGGAGGCUCACCUCAACACCUCCUUCAAGCACUUCAUUUUCUUUGUCCAAGAAUUCAACUUGAUUGACCGGCGAGAGCUCGCUCCCCUCCAGGACUUGAUUGAGAAGCUUGGUUCCAAGGACAGAUAGACAUUGCAUCACCCAUUUUUUUUUUUUUAGUUAUGUUUAUUUUCCCAACACUUUCUUUCUUUUUGUCACUAUCCCCCUUCUUGGCCUCUGCUACCUCUGUGACUUCUUGUCUCAACUCAGUGUGUGCCUUCUUUUCACUCCUCACACCUUCAUCUGCUGUCUUACUACAGUCUGAAACUUUUUAUCCCUCAAUGUUGUUCCUCUAAACAUGAAAUGGCACAGGGUCCUAAAUGUAUUAUUCACAUGAGUAGUAAAAAAAGGAAAAAAUAUGUUUACUUUUUAAGAGCGGACCAAUGACUUUUGGAAGUGGAAAUGAGUUUUACCCCCAUUCAGGGGUUGUUUUUACAGUCUUUUUUUUUUUUUUUCAUUUAUCCCUGACCAAAUAGUCUAAGCUUACAUUUAAAUUUGUAUUUUAGCACAAUAUAGGGAGAGACAUGUAUAUAUAUGUGAUAUUGGUGGAUAAAAUAAUGCAAGAGAUGUUUAGUUAAUCAAAAAACUGUUGUGUGAUUUCACGCUGCCAAAUGCAAUACAAAGCAUUGCUGGGUGAAGCCUUUUUCAAUAUAUAGACUGUUAACUGCAACUUUCUUUGUUUUACAGGGUUUUUUUUCAUGACUAGAUAGGUAGAUUGAUAUGAUUAAAAAGCAAGAUAUAGGGCUUUUAGUAAACAAGGUUGAUUAUUCAUCUCUAGUGGAAGAAAAUAUUUAUGAAAACACUUUGAAUGUGAAUUUUUUAGUUGAGUUAUAAUUCAUUUGAGGUUUUUUCUGUGGUGCCGAUCAUUGGAACUGUGGGUGGCUGAUUGUUUCUUAUGCGCUGGUACCUUUUUUCCCCACUGUUUAACAACCUGUGUUGCAUUUGUGCACAAAAGGGCAAAUGUAAUGUAAACAUUGUGGUCGUUUCCUGUCUGAAAACUCCUCAGGCUACAGCAGCAGGGCUGUCUGUACUGCCAAACUUAUUUACUUGCUAAUGUAGAAAGGAUUCUAUAUUCAUAAUUUUAUUUUGGUAACAUUAUACACACGACAAUCAGUUAACCUAACCGACAGAAGGCACCACCAGCUGUCAUCAGUUGCAUUCACUUUCUAUAAUUGUUUUAAGACAUACUAUUUUAGCCAUCAUUUUAUUUUUGUUGAAUUCUUUCCAUUUAAAAUAAAUUUUUAGAUAUUUUAUGUUACUUUUAUAUUUCAACGAGCAUGUUGAAUCAAGUCUUUGUACCCAAGUGUAUGGUUUUCCCAACCUGAUUUGUCAUAACUACAUUUCUAACAAUCUUGUUCAACAUGAUGAACUAAAGACCGCACAAGGGCUAGAAAAUGUAUCAAAUGUUUUUAUUUCCAUUUUAACUGAGAAGGAGAAGCACAUAUGUCAGAACAUUUGAUGUAAAUAAAAAUCAGCGUUUUACCUGAGCAAAGCUGUGCCUUUACAAAAUUAAAAUGUCCUGAGCUUCAAAUCUGAAUACCUUUUUAUAUCAAUAAAAAAUUGUAUGAAAGGACA